CUUUUUGCCAAAAUCCUCAAGACGGCAGAUGCCGCUGUGAUGGAUCGAGACGGGGAAGGGGAGGAGAAUCAGCAGACGCAAGUCAUCAACCUGCUCACAAUCGACUGUACCACUGUUGCGUCCAUGUCCAUCAUCGGUCCGGAUCUCACAAGCAGCAUCAUCACCCUCGCUGUCGGCGUCACCUUUCUGUACCAGAUGCUCGGCAUCAGUGCUUUUGUCGGCAUCGCCUGCAUCCCACUCACCUCCCCGUUAUCAACAUAUAUCGCGAAGAAUGCCUACACCAGCGACAAAGCUUGGUCAAGGCAUCGUGACGCAAGAAUCUCAGCCAUUAAAGAGUUUCUGUCAUCAGUCAAGGUGAUCAAACUGAAUGCGUUUGAAGAUUACUUUCGGCGGUCUAUUCGCAGACUAAGGGAGACCGAGGUAGUGGCUCAGAGAUGGCGCUGUACCCUUGGGACCACCUUCAAUAUUCUAACGGAUCAACUGCCGGUGAUCGCAAUCUUGUUCACCUUUACGUUUCACACCAAGGUCCUGCAUCGUAGACUCGAGCCGGCGACUGCGUUUGUAGCUAUCGGCGUCUUCAAUCGGAUCCGGGAGAGCAUGGCGAGGCUUCCAGCGGCCAUGAAUGCGUUGUUAUCGACCUGGGUCGCGUUGAGCCGACUUGUGACAUAUCUGAAUCAGGCAGAGAUCGAGCGAGAAGAGGUGGAUCAUACGUCGGUGAUCUUAGAGCAAGCGACCAUCGCGUGGCCCGACUCAGCCAAGGACGCCUUCAGGCUCAAUGUUAGUCUCCAAAUUCCAACGGGCCAGAUGACGGUCAUCCAUGGAGCAACAGGGUCUGGAAAGACGCUGCUGCUUCGCGCUCUUCUUGGAGAGGCUCAGGUGGAAUCUGGCUCGGUCCGUAGUCCCCGCUCCCGAUCAAGAACUGAGGCGACACCUUCCAACUGGCUCGACAAUUCUGUGGCCUAUGCUCCACAGCAGUCCUUUGUCCGUUAUGGGACGGUAAGAGACAACAUCCUCUUCGGUCUUCCGAUGUGGCCCGAGCGUUACGAGCAGUGCCUGAGGGAGGCAAGGCUUCUCAGCGACUUGGAGAUCAUGCCGCAGGGGGACAGGACAGAGGUCGGAGCGCGAGGACACGGUCUUUCGGGAGGUCAAAGAGCGAGGAUCAACCUUGCUCGCUGCCUCUACUCGCGGGCCAGUACGAUUUACCUGGACGAUGUUUUAUCAGCAGUGGAUGCGCACACAGCCAGGGAUAUCGUGCGGUUCUGCUUUGGAGGCGGGAUGAUUAAGGGACGAACGGUCAUCUUGGUAACUCAUCAUUUGAGCAUCUGCCUACCGGUGGCCGAUUAUGUGGUCUGCCUCAAGAGUGGCACAGUGCACCAGGCCGGGAUCAGCGACAAGGUCAUGGCGGCCGCAGAAGACGACGAAGAGGAACACAGUGGGGCACAUGACACUGAGGAGACGAUCGACGACACGACGGAUCCUGCGCCCCCUCCCGGAGGCUCAGGCUCGGUCUCCUGGAAGUACUACCUGUUUGUCUUACAGGCGGCCGGCGGUGGCUGGUACUGGCUACUCCUGCUCUUUCUAUACGGAACCGUCCGACUUAUGGAUGUCGCCCAGGCACUCUGGCUUGAGCGCUGGUCAAACGACCCAUCUGGCAACCUCGACUAUUACCUCGGAAUGUACGCCGUCUUCGUCACCUCUGGCGUCCUCGCAGGCGGCUUGCGAUGGAUAUGGCUCUACGGUGUCGGGAAUUUCGGAUUCUACAACCGAGGGAGUAGAAGGAUCCAUGAAAAGGCCCUUGAUGCGAUUUGCGAUGCGCCGCUUUCGUUCUUUGAAGAAACACCAUCUGGUCGACUUUUGAACAUCUUCGGACGCGACAUGUAUCUGCUGGACGCCAUGUCAGCAGACGCGUUCGGACGGACACUAAGCUGCGCCUUGGACGUUGUUUCUUCGGCGUUUAUCGUCUCACUCCAGGCUCCUUCGAUCCUCAUUUCAAUGGCUAUAGCGUUGAUUCCGCUCUACUGGCUCACCGGAGUGCUAAGAAAGCUUCGGGCCGAUCUGCGAAGGCUCAGUGCGUCCGCAGCAUCGCCGCUGAUAUCGCUCUACGACGACACGGUCGAAGGCGUUAUCAUGAUCAGAGCCUUCGGUAUCGCUCGCGAGACAUGUAUGGAAAUGAGCCGGCUGAUCAAUCGAGAGUCUGAAGUGACGCUGGCCGACGCUGUCAUUUUCAACUGGGUUCGAGCCGUCAUUCGUAUCAUGGCCAACGUCGUCGUCUCGGCAGUUGGGUUCUACCUCGUCAGUCAAGGGGUCACCGCUGCCAGGGCAGGAUUCGUGUUGUCCUUUGCCGUUGCGACGUCUCAAGGUCUGUUCUCCCUGCUAGAGGGAUACAGUGGGUUGGAGCAGAUCUUUGUCAGUGCCGAGCGCGUUGCCCAGCAGCUGGAAGCUACGCCAGUCGAGUCGACCGACGGAGUAGUGCCGGUUGGAUCCUGGCCUUCCAAGGGGGAGAUUGUGAUCGACAAGCUGUGCAUUGGGUACAAAACUCACUUGCCCGAUGUCCUUCACGACGUCUCGGUGAAAAUUGAACCUGGGAUGCGGGUAGGGAUCGUUGGCUCGACUGGAUCCGGCAAGUCGACUUUGGCUCUGGCCAUCUUGAGGGCAAUGGAGGCGAGGAGUGGCGCUGUGCGUAUCGAUGGGGUGAACACAUCGUCUAUGCCGAUAAGGGCACUAAGGAGGAGGCUCAAUAUGGUGGUACAGGAUUCCAGUCUGCAGGCAGGGACGUUGAGGGAUGCGUUGGAUCUAACACAGACCUUGGACGACGUGGAAAUAUACGAGGCCCUCCAACGGGUCCACCUGCUGACGUCACACGACCCGACAAAUCCAUUCGCCAACUUGGACACGGCUGUCGCGAGAGGCGGUGACAACUUCUCUCAUGGUCAGCGGCAGCUGCUUUGUUUGGCCCGAGCUCUGUUGAAGAAGUCGCGGAUCCUUAUCAUGGAUGAAGCGACUUCGUCGGUUGAUCUUGAGACGGACGAGAAGAUUACGCAGACGAUCAAGGAGAGUUUUGCUGGGACCACUGUGAUCACCAUUGCCCAUAGACUGAGGACGAUCAUUCAAUAUGAUCGUGUCUUGGUGCUUGGCCGCGGGAAGGUCCUGGAGUACGGCUCGCCGCGGGAGUUGAUGCAACGGGAGGGAUCCGCGUUUCACAAAUUGUGCAUGGCUCAGGGUGAGAAGCAGUUCAGCGAGCUGGACAGGCUGUCCAGGCAGUAUUAGGCCCCGGGCGUGACAAACAUUGCGUGUAUGUAUAC